UGAAUUAAAUAUAGACGUGUGUUAACUAACAACAUGAAGACUUGUGUAACAUGUUCUGUUAUUUGGUUGUUUACUCUGUUUUGCUAUAUAGAUGCUGCAUUUCGUUGUGACUACAAGUACAGUACUGAAGCGAAUGGUUGGUUCAAACAUGUCGUCAUACCAGCUACUUGGGCCGACGCACGGCUGCACUGCAUGUUGGAAGGUGCAACACUGGCUUCACCAGUCAACUCACAAAUCAGUGCCGACAUGCAGUUCAUCUUGAAGUCUUCCGGGUCGAAAUCAGAAAUCUUUACUGGAAUUCACGCGACUUUUUCACGAAGCAACUCGUAUUAUACUAUCGAAGGUAUACCUCUUGGUGAAAUUCCGGUAGUUUGGGCUGAGAAUGAGCCAAAUAAUGCUGGGAAUAAUGAACACUGUAUCACGUUUAACGUGAAUGGCGAAGUGGCUGACAGAUCCUGUCAUGAGACUCGACCUUACAUCUGCUUCCGUUCAGGCGAACAGAAGACUGAGAUCAAUGCAUGCGGGACUGUAGAUCCAGAAUACAAAUUUGAUUCAAGAACAGGCUCCUGCUAUAAGCUCCACACAGUACCUCGCACAUUCAGUCGUGCAAACUUCGCGUGUUCUGCUGAAGGCGGUCGUCUAGCCAUAAUCAACAGUCAAGAAGAAUCUACAGUAUUGUGGGAACUCUUCGCAAAAUACCCAUAUGCAACGAUGAUCGGAACUUUCUGGAAAGACGAUGCCUUUAUUGGUUUACAUGACUGGGGUGAAUCUGGUGACUGGAGAACCAUCAAUGGUCAAACGUUGGCAGAAGCUGGAUUCAAAACGUUUUAUGGUGGAGAGCCAAAUAAUGCCACUACAGGAGAAUCGUGUGGAACCUUCCAUCGUACCGGUUACCUCAGAGACUAUUUGUGUGAGAAUCCUAUACCAUUCAUCUGUGAGAAAAAUCCAAAAUAUCCACCUGUGUGUCGUAAAUCGGAACUAGAACCUGAAUUUGAUGCUAAUAGCUUCUAAGAAGUCAUUUUAACCGACUUAUAUACAUUCUUAAAAAUAUUCAUAUUCCGUUGAUUCUGCUCUGAAAGUUUGAUUAAAAUAAAUGAAAUUUAU